GCUACUUGGAGCGACUGUUUCGAUGCAAGUCUACAACUUAGUACAAGAGUGAAAGUAGAGUAGAAAACAAGACGUUCAACUCACCAAGAAUCAAGAAAUCUUCAAGAUACGUCGGUAGAAGCUGGCCAGGAACUAGUUUUGGAAGCUAAAUCUUAAACCAAAAUGGUUAUGAUCUGAAUCAGAACCAAGAGAAGCGUGGAAACGAUGCAGAGUCCAAGGGUCGCUGUGCUGAACUUCAGCACGGUCAAAACGUGUUUCAUCAGUGUACCCAGUGCGUGGGUAAAGGAGUUCAAACUAUCUCAGUUGGAUCAGACUAGUGCAGUGUUUGAAGUGACAGGAGAUGGGGGACAGAAGGUGUAUGUUACCUGGUCAGGUGAGACUGUCAGGGACAGGACCAGGACGUCUCUCACUCAGGAGGAUGGGGUGGAACUCAGCGGCAUGUACGGGCAGAGACUGGGGCUCAAGCACAGCCAGGAAGUGUUGGUAAGGUUGCUAUCCAGUGUCCCCACCUGUACACGUCUGCAUGUGGAACCAGUCACUGUGGACGACUGGGAAAUUCUGGAACUCCAUGCCAGCUACAUUGAAUCACACCUGCUGGAUCAGGUGCGGGUGGUUUGGACAGGACAGGUGCUACCUGUGUGGGUUCAGGGGAACACCUGCAUUUUUGUGAAAAUUGGUUUGGUGGAGCCCAGUGCAUCUUGUGUCUGUCUCGGCCAGCUGACAGAACUUGUGGUGGCUCCUAGGACCAGACACGGUCCAAAAUCCUCGCAAACAAGUCAAAACGCCUUCAACAAUACCCAACAGAAGAUGACCAAAGACAUGCUUAACACACCGUCUUUAGAAGAUAAUAUUUCUGACAAGACUGAUUGUCUUCCAACAAAAACUACAUCACAUGAUAGGGAUCAAGCAAAUAUGGAAGAUGAUUCAACGAAAUCAUACCUUGGCGCAUUUUGGUCAUAUCUUCUAUCACUUGUUGGUAGAAAGAGCACGGAAAAUGUUGAGAAUGCCGGUAGAACUGGUUCCAAAAGACCAGAUCGGCACGUGGUCUUUGAUUUCGAUUUUACGACCAGAGUGCAAGCAUAUCCUAACAGGUAUGUGCAAGAAGCUGUGCAAAACAGGGAUACAGAAACGGAUGAAUCAAAUGUAGCCGGAUUAGGUAGAAAUGCUGGAAAAGGAAAGAAUGAAAGUUCGUGUAGCCAGUACAUGUUACCCGCACUUCUCCAGCCAACAACAGUCGUCAUCCCAAAAGGUCUGUCGGUAAAUCCUUCCGACUGGAAGAAAGAAGAUGUCACAACGUUUCUUGCAGUUAUGACCAAGAUACAGUCCCCUCUAGAGCAACAAGAAGAGGCUAAGAAGAACUUACUCCAACAGGGAGCAGAAAGAUUCACCUACGGGCAAAAUCCUCCCAAAGGAAAGGAUUCUAAGAAAGAAGUAGAGAAGCCGAAGAAGGGUAUAUCAAACGCAAAUUCUUGUGUUGUACGUAUAGUUACCUCAACUUGCCAUGUUAGAACUAUGGGCAAAAGUUCGGAAGGGGGUAUUGUUGGAAAGGUCGGUUUGCAGAAUGGAGUGGAGUCACAGGUGACAGAGUUGGUCAGGAGGCAGACUGGAGUGGGGGUGACGUCGAAGGCUAGAAUGUCUCCCGUGAGGCAUGAACCACUGGCUGUUCGAGGAAUCAUCCUUCACCCCCUCCACACACUGCCUUCAAGCAUAACAAAAGAGAUGUUGGAGACAGCGUUCCACCAUUGGCUGUCCUGUGUGAGUGAUGUGAACACACCUCUGCCUGUCACACAGGGCACACUCAUCAGGCUAGCCUUGUUCCAAGAUUUGAUGGCUGACUGUCUCCUUGUGCUGUCCCCACACCCCACCAAGCCCGCCCCCUCCCCAGUCUACACCCUCCUACACCCCGGCAUGAUUGGUACGGUCCGUCUGGAGGUCGGAGGUCAGAUGACGGAGACAAACAAACCCAGCUGGCUGGACAGGCUUCCGUACGACAGCGAGCACCAAGUGGAUGGGAAGGUUCAUGUCGUCAGACUUCGAGAUCUUGGGGGAGUUUCAGAAAGUGCAAAGCAAGCCAUGGAUCAUCUCACCACAACCAUGGCAGAGUGCCCCCUAGUGUCUCUGCUGAGUACUGCAACCCGAGGCCUGGCCAACGGUGGCUUGUUGCUCUGUGGUGCUAGGGGGAGUGGUAAGACAGUCCUUGCUCAGGCCCUCUGCAGGGAGCUUGCAGAACCACCCCACAGUGCUUACGUUUGCAUUAUCAACUGCAAGAGUCUGAAAGGGAAAAGAGUGGACAACAUCAGGAAGAAAUUAGAAGAGGCAGUCAGCAAAGCAACAUGGCAUCAGCCAUCUGUCCUCCUAUUGGAUGAUCUAGAUCACGUGACCAGCAAUGCGACCAAUCCCGAGCAGGAGAUGAGCGGAGAGGCCAUGUACAGCAACCACCUGGCGCAGGUGGUCCGAGACAUCGUGGAAAGGGAAAUCCGCGCGGGGACCCGGCUCGCGCUCAUCGCUACCUGUCAAUCUAAAAUCACUGUCCACCCUUCACUGAUCGCAUCAAGGGGUCUCCACAUAUUUCAGAGCAUUGUCGAAAUCAAGCCGCCAAAUUCACAGCAGAGAGAAGAAAUCCUACAAGCCAUCCUGACGGCCAAAACAGCACUUGACUUGAAAUCUUGGGAAACGGUGGAGCUCAAAGCUCUAGCCUCGCAGACAGACGGUUUUGUGGCUAGAGAUUUAGAAUCAGUCGUUGACAGAGCAAUACACACGGUGGCUUCACAGGAGGCAAAACUUGGACACAAGAACGAAGAAUUCAGCAUCACAACGCAAGACUUUAAGGCAGCUCUAGAAGGAUUUGUCCCUUCUUCCCUACAUGGGGUUUCCCUCCAUAAAGCGGAAGACUUGAGCUGGUCGGAUGUUGGGGGGCUAGACGACAUCAAACACACACUGAUGGAGACGUUACAGUGGCCAACAAAGUACCCAGGUCUGUUUUCUAGCUGCCCGUUAAGACCGAGGUCAGGCGUUCUAUUGUACGGAGCACCGGGAACAGGAAAGACACUCCUCGCAGGGGUCGUGGCCAAGGAGUGCGGAAUGAACUUCAUUAGCAUCAAAGGUCCGGAACUGCUCAGUAAAUACAUCGGAGCCAGCGAGCAGGCCGUGAGGGAUUUGUUUGUACGUACCCAGGCAGCCAAGCCGUGCGUGCUGUUCUUUGAUGAGUUUGACUCUAUUGCUCCCAGGAGGGGCCAUGAUAACACCGGUGUGACAGACCGUGUGGUGAACCAGUUCCUGACCCAGCUGGAUGGAGUAGAGGGGUUACAGGGUGUGUACGUCCUCUCUGCCACCAGCCGGCCUGACCUGAUCGACCCUGCCCUGCUACGGCCAGGCAGACUGGACAAGUGUCUCCACUGUCCACUACCUAACAAGGAAGACAGAGUGAAAAUCCUUAAGGCGCUGUCCAAAGACCUGACCCUGUCGGAAGAUGUAGACCUGGACAGUCUGGCGGAGAUGUGCCAACACUUCACCGGGGCAGACUUCAAGGCACUGUUCUAUAACGCACAGCUGGAGGUCAUCCAUUCCAACAUGGGGGUGUCCAGCCUGUAUGGCAGGGGAGCAGGGAUGGAUGAUUCCACUGGGGUGCAGGGGGUGCAAGAAGAGGAUGAUGAACAAGGUAAGGAUAAGACAACAUCUGUCUCAGAGAUGGAGGCCAAAGUCAUGCUGAUGCCAUCACUCCAGGAGGGCAAGGUCCAGGUACAACAAGACAGGCAUGAAAAGCUUCUAGAGAAGCCUGCUGGCUGCUGCCAUAUCAACUAUGAUUAUAUUUUCUUCUGGACACAGGUUGCCAUCAUAUGCAGAAACUGGGAUGGAAAUAAUGAGGAUUCUGCAGACAACACAUCAUCUGAGGAGUCAUCCAAGGCCCCCAUGAUCCACCAGGAACACCUGAUGAUGGCAGCCUCCACAAUGAGGCCAUCUGUGUCUGAGACGGAAAGGAUUAAGUACCGGAUGAUAUAUGAAAACUUCAUGGAGAGCAGAGGAGGAAAUUUCCAAAAUAUGCAGUCAACGUCCUUGAAGAAGACAACACUGGCUUGAUCAUUUGUUACUACUUUUUGUGGAAGACCUUGAAAUGGAAUCAUAAUAAUUAUUAUCUUCUCAGUGCCCAGUACUAAGGCAGGCCAAAAAAUAUCCAAAAGCUGUUUUUUUACUACAGUAUUCUGGUCUUAUCAGUGAUAAUUAUGUCCAAACAAAAUUUAUACCAUUGCAAAAGGAACACAUUGUUUUUGCUCUGUUUCUUCUUCUUCCCUUCCAAACACACAAGGUCAAUGACCUAGACCAGACGUCUGUCACCAUGGUAACUGGUGCUGUAGCAGACACCCUGUGGUGUUGGGUUACAUUGUGUUGCAAGUGGCUAGACAGAGUUGGAUUGUGUGGAAAUAUAUAGUGUCACUAUAUAUAUGAAAAAUGUGUUUGAGUAAGGAUAAACAGAGCAGUAGUUUGUUAGGCUAGACCACAAAGGAUAACAUUUUAUGCAUUUGCUUUGCAACUGUAAGCUUCUAGUUUCACUUCUAAAUUUGGAAGAAAAAUGUCUUGUAUGAGAGAAAGAGCUUUUGAUGCCAAAUCCCAGGGGAGAAAAUUGCAUUCUGUUUAUAGAAAACAACAGAUACAGUAGAUGCUGUGCAACGUAUUGUCAUGUCACUGAAUUCAUUGCAAUGUGCAAUUGAACUCAUUCUUCGCUUUAAAUGAGUGAUGACAAGGCUUUAUAGGUGGUCUUGUGGUUAGGGUUGUUGACUCAGAAUCCGAUUCAAGAUUUGAAGAUUAACUGUGAAUGCAAUGAACGUGAAGACUUCUUGCAUUACACCUUUCAGAAAUACAUGUAAGGCCAUGUUGAUUUGAUUAUAUGGAUGACAUCCGCGCGCGCAUGAAUU